AUGUCUCCGUCAUCGUUUUCCUCACUUCCCAACGACAUCGUUUCGGACAUCUUAGCACGCGUGCCGAAACGCUUUCACCCUACCCUCUCUUGCGUCUCCAAGACCUUCCGCCGUCUCCUUCUCUCCCCGGAGCUUCACAAGAUUCGCUCUCUCCUCCGCAAAGACUCACUCUUCAUCUCCUUCGCCAACAAACCUAAUGACGCCGCCUGGUUCACUCUCCGCAGAGCCGAGAACAACCCCACAGAGAACCGCUUCGUCUCCAUCGACCUCGUGUUCCCUUCUCAGAGAGAGAAAGACCCCUCCAUCGUCUCCAUAGGCUCCGAGCUGUUCUUUAUCUGCGGAUCUUUCUACCCUUCGUCGACCAUGUACGUUCUUGAUUCAAGAACUGGUAAGUUUCGUAAAGGACCUAGCUCGAGAGCUGAUAAGUUAUACAGAAGCGUGGGUGUAGUGGGGAGCAAGGUGUACGUGGUCGGGAGCUACAGAGACGACGAGAUACACGUGGAGGCUUUUGACGUGAGGACGCAGACUUGGGAGCUAGCUCCGUUUCCUGAGGAUCAAAGGUCGUGGUGGGGUUUGGCUGCGACCGUGUCGUUAAACAGGAAAGUUUGCACGUUACGUUAUUUUGACAAUGUUGCAAAGUGUUACGAUACUAGAGAUGGGUCUUGCGAGAGUUUUGGUUUGCCUAAAGGUGAUUGGUUGGGGAGAACGGGUGCUUGUGUGAUGAACAAUGUGUUGUACGUUUAUUACGCUAGGUUUGGGCUGAUGUGGUUUGACUCUGAGUUAGAGAUGUGGAGAGUGGUUGAUGGUUUGACUCGUCUCAAGAAGGUUUGGUCUGUUGUUGCAAUGGCGGAAUAUUAUGGGAAGAUGGCGUUGUUGUGGGAAGACAAGGUUGGUGGUGAAAGGAAGGAUGUUUGGUGUAGAAUGGUUUCUUUGGAGAGGAGUGAAGAAGGGGUUCAAGGGAUUGCUGAAGCGUCUCAACUUCUGGGGAGCGUCCCACGUGGCUACAGGUUGCAGCAUUGUCUCUCUGUUUCUGAUUAA